AUGUCCGCGCAUCCGCCGGGUGCGAUAGCCGCCUCCAAGUCAGCCAACACCGCGGCUCAACUCUCCCCUCAAGCACAAUCCAGCUCGUCACCUGCUGGCGAUAGCUACAGUCAGCGUCGCGCCGGCGGUUCUGGCAGUUUCGGAGCGGGGGCAGCGUCGCGAGCUUACCCCUCGCCACGCCACAAUCAGGCCUCGAAGAGGAAGCACAAGUCUGCUAAACGCCCUGGGCUGGCGGAUGAGGAUGCCAUUGCGGAGGCUGUCGCUAUGCGUUCCACCAGCAGUCGCAAGGGCCAGACUUCCAUCACCCAUCUGAUGAACUUUAGUCUGCCCCCGCGCCCUCAGAACCACGGAUAUGGACAUGGUCGUUCCUAUAGGAGAAAUCCAGCGUGGGGCCCAGGCUCGGGCUACCAUGCAGUGGACAAGGCGCGAUAUGUCCACGCGAAUUAUCGCUUCAUUGUCGACCCUCGCGGUGACUAUCAAAAGCAGGCCAUUGACGCGGAUGUCCACUUGGACUGGAACAAUGUCCUACAAGUUCUGGCAUCUGCUCAGUCGCAGUCUGCUUCCUGCCCGAUCUGUUUGGAAACACCCGUCGCACCUCGGAUGGCGAGAUGCGGCCACAUCUUUUGCUUGCCAUGUUUGAUUCGUUUCAUGCAUGCUGAGGUUGAGACCAAGCUUCCAGAGAAGAAGGCGAAAUCGAAAAAGUGUCCGAUUUGCGAAGAUAACAUCUACAUGUCCGACACUAGACCUACACGUUUUUACAUUGGACAAGAAGGCGAGCCUCCGCGAGAGGGUGCAGACGUUGUUCUGCGAUUAGUCAUGCGGUCCUCUGGCAGUAUGCUUGCUCUGCCCAGAGAUGGUGCAGAUGCUCUGCCGAAGGGUGAAGAGGUCCCUUGGUACAUAGCUGCCGAGGUCAUGGACUUUGCCCGGAUCAUGAAGGGUAGCGAGGACUACAUGGUCGAGCAGCUGGAAAGAGACAUCCGAGAGAUCGAGCGUCAAGCCAGAGAGGACGAGGUUAUGUUUGGCGAGGAUAACAUGGAGUGGACCAAAAAAGCUAUCCGGAUGAUCAAGGAAUCGAAGGAAAAAACCAAGGGUAUCGGAAACCCUCCCACAUCUACUACGAAGCCGCCAGAGAACAAAGCAAAAAAACCUGGUGCGCCGACGGAGGUAUCACAUAUCGACUCAUCCUGUACCGCCCUCGCAGACUCGAACUCCGAGCAAACACCGACCAACGAGGAAGGCCCUGUACCGGUGAACACAAGUGUUCACCCCGGAAGCGCCGUUCCUGAGCAAGUUUCUUCGGGCAGCUCUGGCGAGCCGCAGUCGGCAAGUGCAAGCAAUCUCUCCAAGUCGCUGGCCGAAUUUCGGAACCGUCAACCCGAUGGGCAGACGCCGUCCGAAUAUUACUUUUACCAAGCCUUGCUUCACUACUACCUUUCGCCUUUGGACAUUCGCAUCCUCAAAGCGGCAUUCGGUACCUUCGCUUCUUUCCCUUCAACGAUUUUGCCAAGAGUAGAGCGAGUGUCGACCGGUCACGUUGUAGACGACGACUUGCGUAAGCGCACAAAGUACCUGGCGCACUUACCAUACGGGUGUGAAGUUGGCUUUCUAGAAUGCGAUUGGACGGACACGGUUGCUCCCGAGAUUCUGGAGAAGUUCAAAAGCGAGAUUGAGCGGAGACGGAAGCGGAAUCAGGACAAGGAGAUGAAGGAAGAGAAGGCGCGUGUGCGGGCGGAAAGAGAGGAGGACCAAAAGGCGUACGCACAAGCUCGACGAAAAAGGAACAGUAUUUCCAAUACGGGCUUCACGGCCGACGACUUCCAGCCCUUGGUAUCUACAGAGGUGUCGGGAUCUGUUGAGGCUGACGGCGCCUCAUCAUCACCUCCGUACGCCCAACGGCAAGGUUCUGCCUUUGCGUCGCUCGCUUCCCCUUCGACGAGCCCAAGUGCGCCUCGAACAGUUUGGGGCACGACAGCUAUCCCAGGAUCAAGUCCGGUGCUGCAAGCGUCUAUGCACGAGCACGACGCGGAUGAUGGCUGGCUUCAAGGCUGGGAGAAAGAACUGCUAGGGGAGGAUGAGAUGAUCGCGCAGGCACAGGCCUUGUCUCUUGGGAAUGGCGAGAGCUCAAGUGCUGGAGCAGGGGGAGGCGGAGGCGGCGGAGGCGGCGGAGGUGGCGGAGGAAAGAAGAAGAAAAAGAAGAUAACACUGAUGAGCACUGGUGUGCGGAGAGGGGCGUGA